CUCUCCUCCCUGCCCGCACACACUCUUCUCCUCCCAAUUACGCCAUAUCCGGAGGCGGAGGCGACGCGACCGGAAGUUGGUCGCGUUUCCAAGAUGGCGACUCCCUAUGUUACCGAUGAAACCGAGACCAGAUGCAAAGUAGGAAACUUGGAUAGUUGUGCAGAAGAUGAAAUUUCAGCAGGGAUGGAAAAAGCUGCACCUGCUGCUGCUGCUGCUCUUUCUCCUCUAACAAAUCAAGGGAAAUACAUCGCUUCCACACAGCGUCCAGAUGGGACCUGGAGGAAACAGAGGAGGGUGAAGGAAGGCUAUGUUCCCCAAGAAGAAGUGCCCGUGUACGAGAAUAAAUAUGUGAAAUUCUUCAAAAGCAAACCAGACCUGCCUCCGGGCCUGAAUCCAGAGGUCAACACCCCGGUGGCCAGGCAAGCUUCAAAAGGACCAGAAAGUGGUGAGAUAGGUCUCUCCAAGACGGCCAAGAGGAACCUAAAACGCAAGGAGAAGAGAAAGCAACAGCAUGAGAAAGGGGAUCGUGAUACAGAUGAUCUGAUCCAGUCAUUAGAGAAAACUACCUUGUCAGUGACACCAGGCAGCAGUGGGGAUGCUAAGCUGGCUGUUCCCGAUGGUAGCACAAGGCCCCCUGCAGGCAGCGGUGAUUCCUCAUCUGCCACAGCCAACUUGGAGAAGAACAAGAAAAUAAAAAACGUGAAAAAGAAAUUGCGGCAGGUGGAGGAGCUGCAGGCACGGAUUGACUCUGGGGAGAUCAAGCAACCGACCAAAGAGCAGAUGGACAAGCUGGCUCGAAGGAAAGCUUUGGAAGAGGAACUCGAGGAUCUGGAGUUGGAUUUGUGAGGGGUUGGAAUUUCAACCGGACAUAGUGUGCAUAGGAACAAACCGUCCCCAGGGGAACAUUCUGAGAACUGUGCAACACACAGACCAGAAGAAGCUGUCUUCAGGCUCUUCCUUUGUACCUUUUAUUUUAUUUUAUGUUGGGUGCUGUCUGAAUUUUUAAAAGUAUUUCUCCCAGCUAUUGAUGUGUUAGAUACCUGAGGACUCUAAAACCUAUUUGCCACCCUCCUUAAAUUUCCUCCUAGUCUCUUCCUGCCUGUUGAGGUGGGUGGCUGGGAAUGUCAUGGCACAGGGGGGUGGCUUUCAGAGGAACCUGAGUGGGUGGAGUGUCCCCUAUCUUCCUUCUCCCUGCCCCUGUAUAAUACUCAACACCUUUAUGUUCUCUGUAGUGGCCACUCCACCUCCCAUCUUCUCUUCUUCCUCAUUUUUAAAAGAGAUGCAAUAAUAAAAAUUGCAGUAGUGA